AUGCAACCGUGGGCACGAGGGCGAUGGGCGCGCCACCAACCACAAUGGCCAACCCUCGGGCUGCUGGCGGGCAUGCUGGUGGCCACUCUUCAGGCGGCGGCUGCAAACCAAACGGGAGACACCAGCAGUAUGACGAGUAGUUCGAUCAGUGGGGGCGUGAACGGGGGGGUUGAGUAUUUGUUGCUCACGGCGUAUGGCAUCGUGAUCAUUGCGUUGCUUGGGUGCGGGCUGUGGAAUCUGCUUCAGCAACACCGCCCGACCACCACCAAUGUGAGCAUCCUCCCGGGCCAACACCAUGUCAUGGACCUCUGGACAGAGCACGGGUUGAUGUGGACUUGCUCUGUUUGCGGUCACGACAACAUGUGCCCUGAACGCACCCCACCCCCGCUUCCAUACUCCCGAGGCGGCCAACAGCAACACGAUCCGUCGACGCUUUGCCUUAUGUGCGGGUCCCCGUCUCGGCCGGACUCGGCCUCCGUUCAGACGGCUCCGUCGCCGACAUCGACAACCCCCCAAAUGCUAUCGGCGUCACACCGCAAAGAUUGGACUCGACGCAUUACGUCACUCUCACCAUCAAAAUCGUCGGGGCCCCCGGUGGAGGUUUGGGAAGCCACGCCCCAAGCAGCCCUUGUCGGAACGAUGGAGGAGAGUCACCUUCCCAUAGUGGGCUAUAUUGCAGUGUGCGUGCCAUCUCCAACCCACACGUCAGGUCGGAUGGUCCCCCAGACUACGACGGAGUUUAACGCGAUGUCCCUUGUCAACGCCACCGCUUCGUUGAAUCGUCCUGGCGGCACGGCAGCGGCGGCAUCAUUGCGUUAUGCCCAGCUUCCGUUUCCAAGGAAAUACCACCUGUGGCUAACCCAAGUGGCCCAAGUCAAAGAACACUACCACCAUCGCUUGGUGUACAUCCGCACGACGCGCCAGGCGGCGACAGUGGUGACGGCGACUGUGAGUCGACUCAUGGCGCUGUCCCCCGACGAGUUGCACUACCCCCUGAACAUCCGGUUUGCAGGGGAGCCGGGGGUCGACGCGGGGGGGCUGGAGCGCGAGUGGUACAACGUCGUGACAACGGCGCUAUUCGACCCGCACAAUGGGUACUUUGUCGAAGUCGAGCAUGCGUCCAAAUCGAUGCUGAUUCACCCCAACGCGUCGCCAAAGUGGUUUCGAGGGAUUGGGCGAUUCCUGGGACGCGCGCUCUUCGAUGGCCAUCCGAUCCCGGCGAGGAUGAACGGCAUUGUGUACAAGCAAUUGCUGGGGGUGCCGUACAACGUGGAGGACAUUCAGUUCGUCGACGUGUCGAUUUACCGUAGCUUGAAAUGGCUACAGAGUCAGCAAUUGCCCACUACGUACCAAACCAGCACCCCCGCUACGACCGUCGACGCCCUAGAAUUGGACUUUAGUGUGUUGGAAACAGACUUGGACGAGCGCGGAGACCCCAUUGGGACCUCGUACGUCGUCGACCUGAAGCCCCACGGACGGCACAUUCGCGUUACGAACGCCAACGUUGCCGAAUACGUGGAGCUGUACGUGCACCGACUGUGCCUCACGCGGGUGUCUCCAUGUAUGGCGGCGCUGCGACACGGACUGCAGGACGUCCUGCCGCCGUCCAUGUUGUUGCUCGACAUGAUGGACCACAAGGAGCUGGAACUGUUGCUUUGUGGAGCGCAAGACGUGGACGUGGCCGACUGGAAAAAGUAUUGCUACGUGAUCGCUUCCAAGGCGGCCGUGAACCCGAUUGAGAUCGUCAAGUGGUUCUGGGACAUUGUGGCGAGUAUGCCGCGGGAACGUCAAGUGAAACUGCUGCAAUAUGUCACUGGAAGUGUGUGCGUGCCCCUCCAUGGCUUUCAGGCGUUAACGAAUCGCGACGGGUCGAUCUGCCACUUUACGCUGCGCAUCGUGUCGUUGGAGGAGGCUACGUACCCAGUCGCCCACACGUGCUCGAAUCGGCUGGACCUGCCGCGUUAUGAAGACAAGACGACGUUGUGGCAUGCCCUCGAUAUGAUGCCACGCAAUGCUGCGAGUACCAAUGCAACGCAGCUGCUCCAUGACGAGCCUGGUCUAUCCGACGACGACGACAAUAAUGCCACACCUAUCAAAUGCGGAUUGGCGGGUGUGCCGUCGCGUCCGAUCCCCGUUGACGUCGACAGCUCCCCCGGUGUCGGUCUGAAGGAUGACAACAUCACCCCCAAGAUGGAAGAAGUCGAGUUCGAGGUCUCGUUCGUCGAGGGCAAGAUCGGGCUGUCGUUAGAAGUGAUCCACCCCAACGUCGUUCGGGUAAAGGACACAUCCGGGCCAGCCCGCGCCUGCAAUGUCAUCGAGAUUGGGGACGUGCUCGUGCGCGUGCAGGGCGUCGACAUCGCCGCCCAUCGGUUUACCCACGUCAUGCACACACUCAAAUCCGCGCCUCGCCCGCUGACCGUUCGGUUUCGACGCCCCGUGCGAACGGUGGAGCUGCCGCCGCACUUUCAACUGGACCGGGACCUUGACCAACCAUUUGAGUACCGCUAUCGUGGGGGUCCACAGGAUGCAGACAGUGUGCGCGCUUGCCACGAGGAAAGUGACGACGACAGCACUGUCGACACUGUCCAAGACGAUAGCGCAUCGUCGAAUGUGCCUUGGUCCAGUACAAGCAGCAAAUGUCAUACGCACCUCCUUUUGCCUCGAUCCUCCAUCGACGACUCCAAACCUGAUCACAAGUUGUCGUCGCCAUCAAAACAACAUGAUGGCGAACCUGGCGGUCAAGUACCAGCUCCAUCUAUCCUUGCUGCGCAGUGGAAAGCCAUCACUGAUUGGUCGUUUGGCUUGACCAAGCCGCCGCCGCCGCUGCCUCUACCAACCUCGUGGACACCACCGUUGGACGACUUUGAAACCGCUAUGAUGUCGCUGCGCAUCGAACCCCCCGCGGCGUCGUUGCUUCCGACAUCGAAUGCCCCGAGUUCAAGUAACGAGGACGGGGCGAGGCUCCUCUUGCGGUGGCAACCGUGCGUGGGUGCAGAGACGUACCACCUCCAGCAAUCCCGUGACUGGCCAGUCAAAGUGUGGAAGCAUUGCAAUGUCACCACAGCAGCGGCCGUCGUAAACAAAACACUCUCGGACGGUAGCGAAGAUGACGUGGCAAAUACGAGGACGUUGCGGGAAGGUAUCGUGCAGGGCUUGGACUUCAAUAAAUCGUAUGUGUUUCGCAUCCGGUGUGGGCUCCACUCUGGUGCGUGGGGGGACUUCAGUGACGCCAGCGACCCCGUCACAACACCACUUCCUACCAUAACUGUACACUACCCCGGCGCUGCUACACUGGGGAGGACGACCGCGGCGGCAGCCCCCACGGACGUGACGCUCGGGUACCAUGCAGACUUUGAAGGCGACGCGAAUGCCAUGUCGCUGGUCGUGACGUGGACAUCGGUGCUGGAUGUGACGACGUUUCAAGUGCAGUGGAUGCGGCAUGGCCAGCGGUUGGUGUGGCGCAAUUCGCCAGAGUUGAGUGCGUGGGAGGUGGGCACUACUCGUGGUCCACAAGCCGACAACAGAGCAGACUUGGCAGCAAGUUGUCCAGCAACGAGCUCCAUGCAAUACACGCUGCAAGGCCUGGCGUCGGGCACCGAGUACGUCGUCCGCGUGAAAGCAGCUCGCAAUGGACCGGACGGACGGACGUGGGGCGACUUCAGCGAGUGGUCGGCGCCUCUCGCGACGAUAGCAAGCGAAGACGACUUGCAAGAUGCGAAGGAUGCCCUGGCGCGGAAGGAGGCGGCGCUCGCUGUUGUGGCCCACCUAAAGGAUAUGGCCAACUCGGUCAAGGGGCUGUACCAAGCUAGCGUCAAGUAG